AUGACCAACACUGAUCCCUUGGGCUACCUGGUGCCCGACAGGAGACUCAUGCACAACAAACGUCCAAGGGUUAUUAUAGUCGGAGCAGGACUAGGAGGACUCACCUUGGCGAUGCUCCUGGAAAAGACAGAUAUCCCCUACGAAGUCAUCGAGCGUGCUCCCGUUUUCAAACCAUUAGGCGCGGGAAUUGCAUUGAGUCCCUCGACAGCACCAUUGUUCAUGCAGUGUCAAAUCUAUGACGAGUUUGUCUCUCUGGCCAAGAGAGCAGAGACUAUCCAGAUGGUCAACGAGGAUCGGGAGACGGAGUACUGUAUCAAUACGACCAACAUGGAGGAGCUAUUCGGGGCAGGAGGGUACCUCAUUUCCCGACCGAUGCUCUACGAUCUCCUUCUGCGACAAAUCCCUCGGGAACGGAUACAGCUCGGGAAAAAAGUUCUUUCAAUGCAUCAGGGCGGGAAUGGCGUUCUUGUUCGUUGCUCAGACGGAUCCGUCGUCAAUGGGGAUAUCCUUAUCGGAGCGGAUGGCGCAUACAGCGCAGUGCGGCAAGGACUCUUUAGUGAUUUGAAGAAGAGGGGCAAGCUACCACCAUCGGACGACACGCCAUUACCCUUCAGCACUGUCUGUCUGGUGGGACAGACGGUUCCUCUGGACCCUGCCGAGUUCCCUCUCCUUGGCGAAGAAAGGUGCCAGUUUGUCAAUUGCAUCGGGCGAAAGAAGCGGUACUCUUGGACGGUGCUGACAACGAAACAGUCGACAGUGCUUUGGAGAGUCAUUCUCUACUUGGACAACAAGUCUAAGCGAGACAAUGACCCUUUCAGAAACUCAGAAUGGGGACCAGAGGUAGCAAAAGCCAUGUGUGACCAAGUGCGAGAAUUCCCUAUUGUCAGUGGAGGCACAACACCACUUACCAUGGGACACUUGAUCAACUGGACGCCCAAGGAGUUCAUCUCCAAGGUCAUGCUCGAGGAAAAGGUGUUUGAGACGUGGCAUGAUUGUAGAACGGUCCUUAUCGGAGAUGCAUGCCACAAGUUCAAUCCAGCAGGAGGACUAGGAGCAACAAAUGCGAUGCACGACGCCGUAGUCCUUGCCAACCUCAUCAAUGCCCUUCCGGACCACCCCAUUGCUUCAGAGAUUGAUAAUGCAUUCCAGGCGUACAAGGACGAGCGGAUAUCAUGGGCAAAGGACGCCUACAACUCGAGCAAGUCGUUCAGGGACAUGACUGCCACUUCGUAUAAGGCGAAGAUGAUUCGACUGGGAGUGAGGAUGAUGCCAAGCUGGGCGGAGCGUAAAUUGCUAACCCCGAGUGAAAACAGGCCGCAAUGCAACUUUUUACCGCUCGUCACCAACACUGGGUCGUCCCCACCUGCAGCUCAGCCCAGCUUGUGUGCCAAGAGACCACAGCCAGACGAAGAUUCCGAGGGUGUCCAUGAUUCCGCGGCUGCUAUCUGA